AUGGCAGCUAAUCAAACUGACUUCACUGUUCCAAUUCCUGAAGAUCAUUCACAUCAAAUGCAAUUCCAAGUGUGCACAGAGGAAGACUUUGAUUACUCGCAAAGGGGACAGUGGCUUCGUGCAGCUCUCUUGGGUGCUAAUGAUGGAUUAGUUUCUGUCUCGUCUCUGAUGAUGGGUGUUGGAGCUGUGAAACAUGACCCCAAAGCCAUGAUUCUAUCAGGUUUCGUGGGUUUAGUUGCGGGUGCAUGCAGUAUGGCAAUAGGAGAAUUCGUUUCUGUAUACUCUCAGCUAGAUGUAGAAGUUGCUCAAAAGAAGAGAGAGCGUAGAACGGUGGAAAAUCAGGAAGAAAAAGAGAAGGAACAACUGCCAAAUCCUAUGUUGGCUGCUGUAGCAUCAGCUCUUGCAUUUUCGCUAGGAGCAAUAGUGCCUUUACUUGCUGCUUCUUUUGUAGAGGACCAUAAGGUGAGGUUGGGUAUGGUGGUAGCAGCGGUUAGCUUGGCGCUAGUGGUUUUCGGAUGGAUAGGGUCUAUACUUGGAGGAACUCCUGUGUUUAAGUCUUGUUUUAGGGUUUUGUUGGGAGGGUUGAUUGCUAUGGCCAUCACCUUUGGACUAACCAAGCUCAUUGGCUCUAGUGUGAUUUAA